AUGUCCGGUAUCAUCGCGGUCUACGCCCUUGUCAUCGCCGUCCUUAUCACGAGCGACAUGGGUCCCCCACCAGAGAGGACAUACUCGCUCUUCACCGGUUUCAUGCAUCUCGCUGCAGGCAUGUCAGUCGGUCUAGCUGGCCUAGCAGCUGGUUAUGCUAUCGGAAUUGUGGGAGACAUGGGUGUGAGGAGCUAUCUUCAACAGUCGCGGAUCUUUGUGGGAAUGGUCUUGAUCUUGAUUUUCGGUGAGGUUUUGGGUUUGUACGGGCUCAUCGUGGGAUUGAUUCUGCAGUCAAAGAGCUGA